AUGUAUCCCCAGCGCCACGGCUGUUCUUCAGUGAUUCCUGAUAGCUCCUCAUGCUGCUCCGUAUGCCUGUCGUCUUACCAGACUGAUGAUGUUGUUACUGUACUCAAAUGUGGUCACUUGUUCCACGAUGAAUGUGUACGCAAAUGGAUAGCUCUAGCCCACGUCCCAGCAUGCCCAUUGUGUCG